CCCCCCCCGCAUCAUUUUGAUGCUGCGUGAAGCUGCGUGAAGCUGCGUGAAGCUGCUGCUCGGUGAAGCCUCUUCGGGUUUGACAGAGUGAAUCCGCAUCAGGUCUGCCCGCCCCCACCACCACCACCCCGCCGCCGCUCGGAGAUGUGAUGAAACAGAGGAAGAUGAUGUCUGGUUUCGACGCGGGCUUGGAGGAUGUGCCUGGUUCUGGUUCUGGAUCUGGUCGUGUCGGCGCUGCGGCGCAGUCCGGAGCUCCGGAUUCAUCCGACCUGAGCUGAGCUGAGGAGGAGACAGCUUCACCGCCCAGCCCGUGCAUGAGUGCGAGGUCCAGGCCGAGCCGCUGACUCUGCCCCCCCCUCCCCUCUCUCCUCCCUCCACCCUCCAGAACCUCCAGAACCGCCUCAUUCACCCGGACCGUCUGCGGACUGCUGAGCUCACAGGCGUCCUGAUGCUUUUUGGAGAGCUGCCCUGAUGCACCGUGAGUGUGGAGCUGCACAGCCUUUUUCCAGACACAGACUCUGUGUGUGUCAUGUAGACUUCCAGUCAGCCACAGCCAGAACCUGAGCCAGAACCUGAGCCAGAACCUGUGACCUGCCCCGUCUGAGCCUUUUGUAUGAGCAGCAGUGUUCCUGUGUACAGACAGCCGAGCGUACAGACCCUGCCUCCACCCGCUUCACCUCCACCAGCAGCUGGGUCAGCAUGCAGGUGUCAUUCGCCUGCACCGAGCACAACCUCAAGAGUCGCAGUGAGGACCGGCUCUGUGGCCUCCGCACCGCCCCGCCUCCCGGAGGGAGCAGCGGGGGAGUCGGGGGAGGCGGUGGAGGAGGAGGAGGAGGAGGAGGAGGUGGUGGUAGUGGAGGAGGAGGUGGAGGAGGAGGGAGUGGACAGGGGAGCAACGGGAACUACAUCUCCCAGGGUUCAGUGAAGACCAGGGAGGGGUCCGGGUCCCGCCAGGCCCCGCAGGGUCACGCCCACAUGAAGGAGGCCAUCGGGCGCCACACCAGCAUGAAGUACAGGAAUCUGGGGAAGUCCGGUCUUCGUGUUUCCUGUCUCGGGUUAGGUACCUGGGUGACGUUUGGAUCACAGAUCUCUGAUGAGAUGGCCGAAAAUCUGAUGGCCAUCGCCUACGAGAACGGAGUGAAUCUGUUCGACACGGCGGAGGUGUACGCCUCGGGAAGAGCUGAGAUCACUCUGGGAAACAUCAUCAAGAAGAAAGGAUGGAGACGUUCAAGUUUCGUCAUUACUACAAAAAUCUACUGGGGAGGACAAGCAGAGACGGAGAGAGGACUGUCCAGAAAACACAUCAUCGAAGGUUUACGAGGAUCUUUAUCGAGACUGCAGCUCGAUUACGUGGACAUCGUGUUCGCCAACAGAAAUGACGUCAACAGUCCGAUGGAAGAGAUUGUUCGGGCCAUGACGUUCGUAAUAAAUCAGGGGAUGGCGAUGUACUGGGGGACGUCCCGCUGGAGCGCUAUGGAGAUCAUGGAGGCGUACUCGGUGGCUCGUCAGUUCAACCUGAUCCCUCCGGUGUGCGAGCAGGCCGAGUAUCAUUAUUUCCAGAGGGACAAGGUGGAGGUGCAGCUUCCUGAACUCUACCACAAGAUCGGUGUCGGAGCGAUGACCUGGUCUCCUCUGGCCUGUGGUUUGAUCACAGGAAAGUACAGCGACGGCGUCCCCGAGUGCUCUAGAGCUGCCAUGAAGGGUUACCAGUGGCUGAAGGAGCGAGUGAACAGCGAGGAGGGACGCAGGCAGCUCGCGAAAAUCAAAGAGCUCCAUCUACUGGCCGACAGACUGGGCUGCACCGCCGCUCAGUUAGCCAUCGCCUGGUGUCUGCGCAGUGAAGGCGUCAGCUCGGUUCUUCUGGGAGUUUCUACCGCAGACCAGCUGCUGGAGAACCUCGGAGCGCUCCGGAUCUUGUCUCAGAUGACGCCUCAGACCAUCACUGAGAUCGACGCCCUGCUGGGAAACAAGCCUCACUCCAAGAAGGAGCUGCGUGCCUGAAGAUCUGAGUGAUGGACGAUGUUUCGAGAAGACUGAACAAACUUUUGGGGGGAAACGUCGUCACUUUUUUGCUCCGCUCUAUACUCAACACCUUGCAUGUCCUCAGCAACAUUAUGCUUCCGGUGUGUGCGCAGGAAUCAUAUCAUGUAAAAAAAAAAAACAGGUCAUGUGACGCUUACUGCCGAUUGUUCAAAGACUCUGUACAGAGGAAACACCUGUGCUGCCGCGCACCUGUACGGCGUGAACAGUGCACUCAUUGGACAUGACCCCGCCCCUGACCCCGCCCCUGACCCCACCCCUCGCCACCUGUUAUUCUGUAUGAUGUUUAGUACCCAGCAGCCAGACAGCCAAAGGUUAGGACUCGUGUCUAGCCAACAUUUCCAUAGUGUGCAUGUGACCGGUCUGCCACGCUCACGGCUUCUCAGGGCUGGGAGCAGAGGAUCUCUGUGGACGUCACGUGAUGCGUCCUCCUGUUUCAUUGGCUCCAUGUUAACGUGUUAGCGGCGUGAUCCUGGACGCGUCCCAGCCCUGCUGCUUUCCCAGCAGUCCUCUGUCUGUAAACUGUGCGCAUGACCCUUUAAAGAGAGAGCAGCCCGUCAGGGCGUCAAUGUGGCAUGGCUUCAUGGCUUAUGUAGAUUUGCAGUGCCCCUGUAAGCCAUUUUUUUUUACUCUCAACGGUCUGAUCCAGGAUCUGCGCUGGCACUCUUUGCUUUGAAGACACGGUGUCCGUGCGUCCGUCCGUCAUCUCAUGAUCUUUGUUUUGCGUCACCUUCAGCGAUGUGCGAGCGUCGUGGAUCAGAGGUUCGGAUGACGUGGACUCACUGUGGUCGACUGGUUUAGUUUCCUGAUGAUAGAAACAGUCUGAGUUUCUCUGACGUCAUGUCCGUCUCACCGCGGGUCACCGGGACGACAUUUAGCAAAUGUACCUUUUUUUUGUGGAAGCCUAAAAUACAGCUUCUCUGCUCAUUCUCUGAGAGUGUCGCUUCAUUUGUCC